CUAAUAGCUAUACUUCCUCUAGUAAUACAAGAAGAGUUUAUUAAGUAUAAUAAGCUUAUAAAGCCCAGGAUUAUCCGGGAGUCAACUAACCGGCCUAAUAUUAAGUAUAUAAUUAGCUUUAAAGCUAGACCCGGGCCCUUAAUUAAGAGAGCUACUAAUCUAAUACAGGUAUACUAG